CUCGCUGUGACUUUGACUUUGACAUUCACUUAAACUUUAAAAACUUUCUUUACCUGCCGUGUGCUAGGUCCUCCGUCCUCUAGCACGUUAAUAAUAGUGGACUCGAGAGCUAGUAUCAUGUAAAGUAGUAAACUCGUGCCAACAUGCAAGCCUUCGAAUCGCAUGGGGCAUAUUAUGGCGAACCAAUAUAGCAAACGACGGCGUGGUGGUACGAGUCAUGUCAUAUCCUCUUUUGAAACUUUUUUCGAAUCCUCUUCCUCUUAAAAGUUUUAAUCGACAAUUAUCUCUGCACUCUUCUGCAUUAAGAUUACGGGAGCAGGCCGAUUCCUUCCUCAUUGCCUUUUUGCCAACACGCUGACAACCACGAACCAAAGUUGGCUCUCACCAGUGUCGAAUAUAUAUUCGCCAAGAUUCACAUGCACACAAUUUCCACCCGAUAAUAGAGUUUCUUCAAUCAAGAAAACCUAAACAGCAGCAGGCCAAAACCAAACAAAGUUUAAGUAACUGUUACUUGUACGAAAUUCGUGAAUGAGGAACACAAGCUGGACUGAAAAGUCUGAAUCAACAUCUUUACACACAAAGGUGAUUUGAUUUAGUUUGGUGUUUUGAGAAGAAGUAAACGCUAACAACAACCGUAUCAAAUACAAACAAAUAGGCAACAUAGUGUUAAAUCAUCCAACUUUAACGUUGCAUAUUUGUUAGGUCUACUUUAGCACUUUCAGAAGGACUCACCUCAAUUAUGCAAAUGUUGUGACUUGUUUGUUUCAAUAACGAGUUGCUCUGAAUUCAGAGUCGGAUUUUUCUCUCUCUAUCAAACUUGGAUUUCCUCGGAAUUCAGUUUACAACAACUUGGUCCUGGAUUACGUAAAUACAUUCCUUGAUCUUUCUUUUUUUCUCACACGUUGAACUGCAAAAAACGGAAAUAAAAUAACCUGUUCAAUGAUACCUAAUUUACCUGAAGAUUAUUCAACUCCACAAAAAUUCCCCGAAAGAAAUCAGCCCAAACUCGCAACAAGGAAAGUAUUCGGACAUGUUUCUAAUAUUCAUGAAGCGUAGAUGAGGUUAGACAGAGGAGAGGGGAAGCUAAGGGGAACCCAACAAUUAAGCGUCAUCAACACGGUGUCACAGCCAUCAAGCUACUACUACGAAAUCUGUGUGUCAAUAUACUGCGCAGGGGACACGGACGCCACCACCACGGUGGACGACUUGCUAAAAUAGUUGCAGAAAAAGUGUGGCGUGGCUGCAUUGAUGAUCUGACUGAGGCACAAUUUGUUUGCAAAUAGAGCAAACUCUCAACUCAAUGGAUUCCUAAAAGGAGAGAAUUGGGAUAAUGUCUUAAAAGCAACAGCCUGCCUGAACAACUGCCUACCUUACCUCGUCAUCGUCAUUAUCAUCGUCAACUAUUUUGCCACUUCAACAACAAACCUCAAUUGGACUGUAUGUAACAUUUUGAAAUACUUUUUCAGUAUUUUGAAAAAAACAACAAACCGACAUAUUGAAGGAGAGGAGGACACCACUCGUCAUUAUAUCCUCACAUUCCUUCCAUAUUAUGCUGUCAUCUAAAAAAGGGCCAAGUGCCCAUAUCCUCAUUGGUGCAAUUUGCUUCCUCAUCCACAUCUGCGACUCUUCUCAAGGACACAAAGGGUGGAAGAGGGUGCAGACGAGGGAUGCGCCGGGGGAAAGUACAAAAUCAGGUCAAACGCCACAGAGCAGAUUUCUCACGUCGGAGGAGGAACCAGGAAUUUUACUGCCUGCGGAUGACAAAUACAAUUUUGUGGGUCAAGAUGAUGCCACUACGGAGACGAUUUGGAGAACUGGGAGGAGCUCAUCACCGCUCCCACCAAGGACCAUCGUGUCUACAAACUCUUACUCCAUUCGUCCAGGAAGCAGUUCGAACAGUGGUGGGUCGACCUUCACAGUCAAUGCAAAACCCGUCCCAAUGGUCACAACUGGGAGCAGCUACACUGUCAAAACUGACGGAGAAAAGUACUUCCCGUACCUGCCAAAGAACAGUAACAAAAGCACCGUGUUUGUCAAGAACAACUGUUUCGGACAUCGAUGUCCUCCAGAGAAUAGCAACGCUGACCGCCACCAAUCUGGGGAUGACGAUGAAUGGAAAAGUUAUCACUAUGUUUUGAAUAAGGGAGUUAAGCACAAUAAUAAUAAGCAGAGAAAAAUGUACAACAGUGGAGAUCGCCCAUCGAGGAGAAAUAACGAGGCGGACUCUUAUUCAGGGUUGAUGCAUGAAAUGUCGCUAAGCGUUCCUUUCAGGGUGGAUCCCACAAUAUCCAAAUAUGACACUUCUUAUCCGCACAAAUUUGCCAGAAGAGUUCUGCGGACCACGACGCCUUCUUCGUCGUCGUCCAUGUCCACCACGACACCAGGUUGGGUCAAACUCCAGCCCAUCCUCCCAGACCAGUAUGACCCGUUUACUCUUAAGAGCAACAAAAACAAGUUGAAAAAUAAAUCUCAUCAAGAAUCCAACAAGGUCAACCCAGCGUCUCAAUUUGCAAAUCGACGAGGCGUUGAGCUUGAUCCAGAUAGCUUUGCAGAGCGAUGGGGUUGGGGUGAUCAAAAUAAUGAUAACAAUGGAGGAGGAUCCAGGUAUCCAGCAUGGCUCCAAGGAGUCGAUAACAACAACAACAAUAAUAAUGGAGCAGGAGGAUCCGAUCGGGAUCGAGACUGGGUGAAACUUGAGCCGAUACCGGUGGCUGCUGUUACGAUAUCCAAAUGGGUACCAAAAGGGACUCCAAACUCUGACCUACCAUCAACAAAUUGGCCUACUCGUGACAGAGUAAGCUCCUCCAACGGGAUUGGUCAACAACCACCAACAAAUACCAAGUGGUGGGAAAUCAUUGACAAUAUUAAUCGACGAAACCAAAACCGUCCUCCUCAAUAUGACAAUCGUCCCCCACAGUACGGUCCUAAUCCUUCCGUAUCGAAUUCUUACGAUUCGCCACCAAGAGGAUGGACGGGUCCAAAUAAAGCUAGCUCGUCUUCUUCUUCUCUGUCCUCAUGGGAAAGAGACCGAAGUCCACAAAAUUCUUGGGGCGACGUCAUCUAUCCAAAUGGUCCGGCUUCUGCAACCGUAAGUUGGCAGCAAGAUAAGGACAUGUCCAAAUACCCAUCCUCCUUUCCCCCUUCGACUUCAAGCUCCCCUUGGCAGUCUGAUAUCCGCCGACCUUCUUCCUCUGCCACGGGGUCUUGGUCAUCAGACAGGGACUCGUACGGAUCGUCGUAUGGGGGAAAUAGACGCCAGGGUUCGGCCACUUAUCCUGAUCGACACACCACAGAAGACGAUCCGCGAUGGGUCCUCGUCUCGAACAGUAAAAAAGUGACAGUUAGCGCUUCAUCGGACUCCAAUCGACACCACCCAUCGUAUCCUGAAAGCAGCGGAAUUAAAUAUCGGCCAGAUUUUGAUAAAUUUUCAGAUUUCCCGUUUUAUGAGCAACCUCCGUACAAAAAUAGAAGAGGCAAAAAUUACAAGGACCUUGUGACGGUUACUAACAUUACAGUGACCAAGCCCAGCAGCAACUACCUCGACCAAGAUGCCGCAUUUAGUAAAAUUAAUGCAACUUUGGCGAGUUUGACCCCUGUACUCAACAGAAAACGUGUGUAUCGAGGAACCAUCUCUGACUCCAAGAAAACUUCCUCUGCAGCACCUUCAACAACAAGUUCAUCAUCGCCCCCAAAAAAGCCAGGUUUCAUGAAGCAGUAUUUUGGAGAUGGAAGAGGAAAUAAGGAACCAUCAAGCACGACGGUACUCGUACCAAGCACGACGGUACUCGUACCAAGCACGACGACUACGGUGGCGUCGGGGAACGUUGUCCGCAAAGGAUUGAGCAUUAACCCCGUCUAUGCGGCUGUUGGCGCUGGCAUGAUCCCAGCUACAAUGGCUGCCAUUCUUCCGAUUGCUUUGGGACGACGACGACGUGACGUUCGUUUUCUUAUUAAAGCACCAUUCGGCGAUUAUGUAGAUCAAAGCAAAGAAGGGAUGUCGGAAGAAAGAAUUCUUAAAGAUUUCCUGUAUUUUCAAAAGGACAAUCACUUAAGAUCAGGAGUCCCAUUACCAAGAAGAAGGAGAAGUUUGGACUAUCCAUUAUUUUCAAUAUCUCCUAAUUCAUUUUCCACAGAAAAUCAUCCAAAUUCGCACUAUUUAAGAUUAAUGAUGGGCUGAACGAAAAUAAUGUAUGUAUAUUUAUUUAUUUAGUUUAUACUCAAAGAUUUAUUUUAAACUUUACAGAUAACUUAUUGUUUUGUAAGACAAAUAGUAAAUACGACACAAUUUGUAAAUAUUGCUGAAUAUCGCGAGCUCUAAAAACUAUGUAAUGUAUCUAUUUAUUGUUUCACAAGAAAUAAUAUGAAUCCGAAUUUUUGGGAACGGCCAUUCCGACCAUGCACUAUUGGACGAUAAAUGUUUCCUGUAUAUUAAAUGGUUCCUAAUUAGAUAAUAACUGGGCAUUUUUUAUAACGCCCGUUCUCCGUAUGUAAAAAAAAGUAACUUGGACAAGUCCAAAGUUCUCUUCAUGUAUUCCUUUCUUAAUUUUACGAGUGUUUCCAAAAAAAUAUAUAAUUUAACGUGCUAUUUUAUAGGUUACACAAAUUAACCAUAAACCUGAAUCAGUAUUUGUAUUUAUAGACGAAAUCAUGCUUGCCUGCUUUUGACUCUGCAGAAGCGCCUGUAAGUGAUUAAUUUUUUGGACUUUAUUGUUCCUUAAAAAUAAUUUAAUGAAAAUAAAACAAUACAAAUAUUUA